AUGUCUUCACUAAUAACCGCUGUAUUUAAAGUCACUAUCGGCCUGUUGGUGAACAAAGGAAGAGAUAAACUGGCAGAGAAGUUAAAUGAGGGUGAUGUUACAGAUCAGAAAUUCCGUGGCCUGAUUGUCCGUGAAAUCGAUGAAAUAAAAUCGAAAUUGGAUGGUUUAGCAAGAAAGGAUUUGUUAGCGAGUAUCAGCCUUUUUAAAGAAGGAAUCGAGUUGUUGUAUGAAGUGUUUGAAAGUGCCAGACCCAGUACCGAGCAUCGCGCGAUAGCAGCAGCUGCAACAGCUUGUGUUGAGCAAUUCGAUAUUGCUAAAGAAAUGAGGAAACUACAGCUUACUACCUUGGAUGAGUCCGCCACGAGGAAGCUCGGCAAAGCGAUGGAGACAUUUAGUGAAGCUCGAUUAGAAGCAAUAAAAGCUUUUAAUAAUGAAGCUUUGGAAUUAUCUGAUCGCCUGUUAGCUAUGCAAUAUCGACUAAUGGCUACGAUACUGAGAACAAUUGACAAUCCUACCGACGCAUUAGCGGCUUGUAGAGUCUGCCUUGACGAUUUACAUCAAGUGCCAGCUGUUAAAGAAUAUUUCAAAGUUGAGUUGGAGGAAGGAUUGAGAUUGAGGGCUCGCUUCAAUAAAGACGAAAGAAGGCAAAUAAUUUUUUCUGUCUGUCACGCUAAUCGUGUGAUCUAUGAUGUAAUGAGCGUGCUCGGUAGUGGAAAAAUGUGGACGUUGCCUGAUGUUGAAACCGGGAAAAAGAAAGUGGAUCCACUCCACAACGAAAGAGUCGUUAAACUACUGACAAAACAAGGUAAGGAGCACUGCUGUGUUACACCAUGGUCAUUUGGUCAGGAGUGUGAUGAGGAGCACAAGCUGAAGGUUCCGCGUGGUAUCGCUACAAACACCAAAGGACAAUACCUGAUAGCAGACGAUUGGGAUAAAACCGUGAAGGUGUUUGAUAGCAACGGAAAGUUUGAGUUUAGGUUUAAUCCUCAAACUGAUGACGCCGAUACAGAGCUAGAUAUUUUGGAUGUCGCCACUGCAGGUGAGGACGAAAAGAUUUAUCUACUGGUCGAUCUGAAGAAGCCUGGGGCUGAGGAAUGGGAAAGGGAAGUGCAGAUUUUUAACAUGACCGAUGACCUACAGCACAAGUUUCCUGUGAGGAGAGGGGACUGGGGCAGACUAACAGUGAGCAGCGGCAAACAACGCGGCAAAAUUCUGCUGUUGUCACGUGACGUUGUUGAUGUUCACGAGUCGAGUGGCGAGUUUGUUUGUAGCUUUGGUGGAGGAGUGUUCAAGGAUGCAAUAGAUAUCACUGCUACUUGUGAUGGUCGCUUCAUAAUACUGGACGAACUCGAUUACAGCCUUUACUUAUUUGAUGUGGAGGGACACCAGCAUGGCAAAUUUAAUAUCAAAUAUGAGAGAGAUGUCUAUUAUCGCAUUGCAUGUCACCCGACAAGUUACCAUGUCGUCCUUGCUGGUGGGGAACGAGCGACAGAACGCCUGACGCUUGCUAUAUACACCGUUAAUGGCGAGUUUGUUCGCAGAAUUCAGCUGGAUGAAGAAGUGUAUCUGCAAGGUGGAAUAACAGUGACCGUAGAGGGCCACAUUGCUGUGGCUUUAAUUACAGACAAGCAUGAGAAAGAAAAAGUAAUCGUUGUUUAAGACUAAAAAAUUCGAAGACACAAGUAAACAGUUCUUAUUUCACUUUCAUGAAUAAAUGUCAUCAAGGCAGAUGUUUAAAUUUAAUGCUGCAGUUGGUUGGCAUCACUGGACAUGACUGGAUUAAGCCACAUACACCGCAAAAACAACUUCAUCCCCUCUUAAGUUUACUGAUGUUUGUAAUAAGGCUUGUGUUAUCGCCCUAACCUUUAAAAACAAACCAAAACAGAUAAAAUGAAUGCGAUACAUGUACAGUAAACACUCGCUAAUAAGAACCUACAUUUUUUUGAGAUCUGGCAAAAAAGGUUCAUUUAUUUUGGGGUAUUUAUGAGCAAUUUAGGCUAAGUACAACUGUAGCGUCUUAAUUAGGUUUUUACAGUAAUUUCUAUGAAAGAGAUGUACAGGGUGUCCCAAAUGUCAGUCGUUCCUCUAAUAAUUUUCAUGCGCAAUAACUUUUGAUCAAAACUUCAUUUUUACAUAAAAUUUCUAAAAGAUAAUAUUAUUGCUCUAUCGAGUACAUGAUUGUAUAAAGUUCAGUAAGCUGCAUGUCCUUUUUUUUUCUUAUCACAUUUUGUAGCUGUUGCAGCAUGGAGUGGGAUAAGUCAUUAGAGCGUCUACAGCUCCAGAUGAGCCACUUUUAGCUUUUUUACCACAUGGUUGUUUCUUUGACAAUUAGUCGUAUAAUAAUAUUGUCAUUUGUGCAGAAUGGAAAAUAAUUCAAUUCAAUUCAAUUCUUUAUUUCACACUUUAUAAGAUAUUUACACAAGUGUAUGUAGGUAGGAAAAUAAAGUAGCUGAUAAAUAAUAACAAUAUUAACUAAAAGACAUUAAGUUCACUUAUGUACAGUGUCCAAAGUAGCAAGAGCUUUCUUGUUGGACGCCGUCAUGUUCAAUACAUUGAAUCCAGAUUCCAUUGGUUAACACAAACAUCCUCACCAUUUACCAGCUUCGCUAUAGCUCUUUUCAUUGUAGAUUCAGGUGUUUAAGCUUAAAAUGCUCUAACCCAAUCGCGUACCACAUCGAAAAACAUUAUGGACUUCUCCAGGAAAAAUAAUUUACGAUUCUCCCUACUUGAUUUAAGCAGGCAAUGAUGUCGUGAUAACGCAUAUAAAUAACCGAUGCAACCAGCCAUCUUUUUGGUACAGAUGUGCAGGCUCAUUCCCAAAAACAUUAGCUGAUAAUCAAGCCUAUUAGUAAGAAAAUUAAGAUUUUAUUCCAAAAAUUUUCACUAAAUAAAGCAUAAACAGUUUCUAGACAGUCGUUUCCUCCAGAUUUUCAGGUAAAGCAUCUCUUUGACCCAAACGACACUAAGCAAAUGAUUCAGAUUUAAAACUGUCAUUAUGGAGAGAGGGCUCUCUUCAGUUGACAAGCAUCCCUCAAAACUGCCUUUGCCUGUAAUCAAUCCUGCUUGUUAAAAAUUCUUUUUGGGCGGCUUUAAGUUUCUAUUUGGCUAGCACAUGCUAGGUACAGCUUGUCCAAAUGGCAAGUAGUAAAAACUGACUUUCUUAAUAAACCCUGACAGAUUCAUAAUUUGCAAUUGAAAUAAUAGAAAUGUAACUUACUAUUAAUGGCAAUUUUGUUUUGUCUUUAAACUGUUUUAAUAAUGAAGUUUGGCAUCUAAAUCACAGGCGAAAAACAUCUGUUGGCCUUAAUUAAAAUUAAUUUGGCUAAUGAAAACUUUGACUGCUUUGCAGAGCCUAUAGCCUGCUAUCGUUAAAGAAUGCAUGAUUAUAAAUAUUAUUGUUAGUUUAUAUUUCGUAGCUUAACAAUAAUAUUUCUCUUUAAACUGUUUUAGGUUAUACUCACACCUUCUUUUAAUUUGGUUCACCGGAAUUAAAAUAUUAAGCUUGACUCCUGCUUUUAAAUAUGUUAGUAUACAGCUGUAGGUGAAACUCUGCAGCGAUCACCUUAACGAUGCAGACCUCUAAGUGUUCAUUGUGGGGAUAUAAAGCCUGGUUUCCAUGUGAUCAUCCCGAUCACCCCAGUUGUUUCAAAAAAUUUUGAAAUGAUCUGGACAGCUGGGACGAUUGCUGGUUUUCAUGUGAUCGACUGGCUGAUUGCCUCAGUGACAAGAGACACGGGGUCAUCAGUGAUGUCUCUGGGUCAGACAGUAGAAUUUUUGCAUAGGUUUCCCAAACAAGCCAAACAUACAUGUAAUGAUGGAUUUUAAAUGGAGAGCAAACCUCGAGCCUUGUUAUCUGCUUUAUUUCGGCUCCACUACGCAGUACAACAUGAAUAGAAAAAUUAUUAGGUUUAUUUUGGCUGUUUCGGCCAAACACCGCAGAUAUAACAAUACAUUAUACAACAUCUUCUAUUACAUUCAAAUAUGUGAUGUAAGAACUAGAACAGAGCUGAGCGACAGUUUACACAGAAUACUGUCAGAACAGAGGCCAGAAAAAACCUGCCGGAAAAAAACCUCAGUAAGGAAAAAAACUCGGCAGCAAAUCUGGGUAGGAUCCAUGGCUCAUGCUCUGUAAAGCCCAUCCUACGAAGGCUACACGGCUGGAAGGACUUUGCCCUUAUUUACAAAACAAGUAUUCCAACAAAGGACGGUAAACUCUAAAUAAUUUAAGGAAACGCAAACAAGCUAAGAAACCCCUGGAAAAAUCGAACUGCCACUAGUAAAUCAAAUAUAUAUACUAAAAUAAAUAAAUAAAAAAUAACAUGAGCUAGACGAGGUGUCGGCCUAGAAUGCUUUCCCACGUGAUAAGUUGGAUAACACUUUCCGGGAUCUCCAUAAUUCUUCAUAUGAUAUGAAAGCGGAAUUCAAUAAUAUUGUUUUGUUAUUCAUUCAAAAUAAUUCCUAGUUUAAAAACAUGGCUAAAACAUGCAAACCUCCAUCGAUGUUAAGUUCAUCUUUGAUAGUGCACGUUUAGAGUUGUUCAGCCCCACAAAUAUUCUCCAAAUAGCAGAUGUCGCCCUUUGAGUUCUUGUCUUCUUCUGUUCUUGCCAUGUUUUCAGUUAUUAUUUCACCUAGUUCUUACUCUUGAAAUGAGUGAAACGUCGCCAUUUUUGUUUUCACAACCAAAACAACUCAACCUUGUCCCCAGGUCCUCUCAGUUAACGUGGCAUUAAGCUACAAGAAAGCUGCACUUUUGUCGUCAUCCGUUCAUUAAACGCAAAACUCUUCCAAAUUUGGUCAUCAGUAGCUUGUUACGGCGAAUUAUUCGUGUGCUUUUAGCCAAUCAGAAUUGGGGAAAUACUUUGAAUGAAUAAUAAUCUCAAUUAAUGGAAUGAUAGUGAUGAUUUCUGGGAUAGCCUUCGAUCGUCCUGAUAGUCUCGGUCUUCUGAGAGCAUUUCCAGAUCACUUCAAAAUUUACACCGAUCGAUAGAGGUCGUCUCACUCACGUGAUUUUUCUUGGCCAGGGGAAAAUCAGGAAAGUUUGCAAGUGGUCAGGAAAAGGCACAGGUGUUGUGAAGGUCUGUGAAAAGUCAGCCGCAAAGUUUAUUCUCUGGUGAAAAGUUUUCAGAAAACACAGUAAAAAUCAUUAAAAAAGUCAAAAACGAAGAGUAGAGUAACAUUGAAUUUUUUUUAGGAAUUUUUUUUUAUAAGUUUCUGCUGCUGAGUUAAUAAACUCUAUUUAACAUAACUAUGAACAACAAGCAAACAAAACCUCAGGCAAAAAAAAUUGUUAAGGGGGCAAAACAAAGUGAAUAAGGUCGACUGAGAGUUUAUACUUUCAGUUGUUUUUUUCAUAUUAACUUGAAAAGAAGCCAUGACAUCAUUGCCUAUAACAAAACGUUGUAAAAUUAAUAUUAUGGCCUUGUGCCCAAAUCUUAAUCAGCUAACAAGGUCAUUAUUUAACCACUGCUAGGAAUUCGACAUAUGAUAAACAUGUGGAAAAAUGAAAAAUAUUAAUGUAAACAUGCCUAUUAGUCUGUUAUUCAUUUAAUAAAGUUAUAAGCAAUAGAUGUUUAUUAUUAAUUGGAUAAACCUAGCCUGGUCACGUCCAGUGAAGCCAACCAACUGUAUACAUAUACAAAAAUGCAAAACUUUGCCUUUGAUGACAUUCAUCACAAAAAAAAUCUGGACUGUUCACUUACUGUUAUGUCUUCGAGUUUAUUAGUUUUAAUCAACAAUUUAUAAUGAAAGGGUGUGUGGAAAAAAAAAUUGGUAACUUUUUUUUAGAUUUUUAGGUAUUUUUAGGUUUUCGUACCCGUGAUUUGACAGACUGGAGUUUUUAUUAACACGUACUAAUAACACUAAAUAAUCUUUGCAUUUGAUUUGGGACACGAAUUUUCAAUAUCUAGAUUAACAUGUUCAAGAAGCCAAUUAGAAGGUCUAAAUUUCUUGUUGAGCAAGACAACAAGAAAAUGGCAGGGUGAUUUUAUUGAAUAGCGGAUGUUAGUUUAUACAAGUGCCAAACUUUCCAAUUAGGUACUUUUUAGGGGCAGUGUCAUCAAGGUUUUGUGCUACUUCAAAAUCCAACAAAUGCAUAAUUAUGUCAUUAUGGAAAUCCACUGAUUCACUAUUUUCACAUAGACUAUAAUGCACCUUGUGUGCCCCCAAAAUUUUGCCUCAACAUUCUUUUAAAUAUUCAAUAUUUCUCUUGGGAUGACUGUAAUAUCAAGGAGAAACUGAAAAGAAAAUGCAAAAUUUUCGGGUCAAACAUGGUGCAUAAAUUAUAGUCUAUGUGAAAAUGGUGAAUAUAGUAACCUUAAUGGCCUCUCUAGGAGUCAUUAAAAAGAGAGUUUACGCCAUAAGAAAACUUAAGUUGACAAAUCCUUAAAAAAAGUUAAUUAGGCCGAUCCAUUUUCAAGUUUGCUGGAGUUACAUCAAUUGGAAAAUCUUUUCAAAACCAUUAAAAAGAUAUUUUUAUUAUUAUAGUUCACUUGCGCUUUUCAGAACGAUUUGAUGUCUUUCUCGUCAUUCAAAUGUCAUUUUGUGCAACUCUGGGUUCUAAACGAGCCUUUUAGCAAAGUAUGUGAUUUCUCUGCCAGAGUAUACGUGUAUUUUCCACAAAACACUCAGGGCUGGUUAUUAAAACAGAGCGUUACUAACAGAAUGAGGUUUAAAAAAAUGUCUGGGCCCCCAAAAUAUAUAUUAAAUGAUUUUCCAGCCUAGCCUUGAAGCCUUUUUGAUGCUGUUAACAACAAACAAUGUUUUCUAGAUAUGAGCGUUAUAAGGAUGGUAAAAUAAUUGAAAAAUGACUUAGAAUGCUAAAGUUCUGUUAAACACCACCUGAACUUUGUUUUAAUAACCAACCUUUAGUUUUAAUCUCUAGAGUCACAGUUACCUAAAAAUUUUAGAGUCUACAUGUGCCCAAAGCAAAGUGGCCUUAAAGGCAACAGGUCGUAAGCUGGUUUUUGUGUCCAGAUUAUGCAAACUUUUGUACCACAAAUUAUGAGUUAAAGUUUAUUUGUACUUAGCCUUUGUGUGUUUAACAGAAAGCUGCAUGUACGUAAAUGGAGUUAAUAUUUCUUAUCUCUUAAUUAGUGUUAACCCUUUGUGGGUUUAUAAACGGAAAGCUUUGUAAAUAUGCCACGUUGUUAAUACUGCCCAAGCGUAAGUAGGUCAAGAUGGCUGGAAAUUGUUUAAGGGGUUUCAAUGUUUUAAUGAAACAAUACAAAGUUUGUGAUCAACAAGUUCUUUAAGCUAUGUAGACUAGUGGGCGGUUUCAUUUGGGGUGUUUGAGAGACAUCUCUCACUUUACAAGCUACAAACGAAAACAACACCCUGCAAACAGCAAACAAACCGCCAGCUGCAGUGCGGGCUACAAGUUCUUGGAAACUCAGUGUUUUGUUUCAAGUUUUCCUUGGUUUUAAUAUGAAAAUUUUUUUUCUCUCUUAAAUAAAAUGAACCAAGGAUGAAAAUGAAUUUCUACAUAGGCAUACCGAUAAUUUAAGACAGAAUCCACCAGGAAAUUGAGUAAUUUUAAUUCUCCUUGGACAAAAACGAAAAAACCAGAAUAACUUAAGGAAUUUUGCAUUCUUUUUUUUGACAUUUUUCUAGGGCUGAAGAUGUAAUAAAUCAUCUGUGGUAACACCAAAGAAAAUUUCUCAUGGAAGUCCGAGAAAAUCAAUGUCAAAUUUGACGAGAAUUGUGAUUACACAUUUAAAAUUCUGAAAAUUUCAUGUGUAAGAUGUGAUUCCAUGAAAUUUGACAUUCAUUUUCUCGGGCUCCCAUUUUUUUUGGUGUCUCUACAGAUGAUUUAUUACAUCUUUAGCCCUUGAAAAAUGUAAGAAAGAAUGCAAUAUGCUUUAAAUUAUUAUGGUACAAGAUUUUUGUCCUCUGAAAAUCAAAAUUACUCAAUAUCCUGGUGGAUUCCGUCUUAAUAUUUUUCAACAUUUACGUUGUAUCUUUAUCAUGACUGAACUGUAGCAUUGUAAUAGCAUUGGUAUUUUGUUAAUUCCUAUGUUUUAUUUGCAAUAAAAUUAAAAGUGUUACUGGUUUACUUUUUUAUAAAAUACAUGUUUUUUUCGUUUUGAACAGAACACAGGGGGGAGGAGUGAGGCAGUGGUCAGAGCACUCGACUCCCAUCAGUUUGGCCUGGGUUCAAGUCUUGCUAUGUACGCCAUAUAUGUGUUAGGGACCGGUUAUUAUUUAUUGCCUGGGGGGGGGGAGGAAUUUUAGGGGGGAUCACUAGAUUUGUGGGAGAACAAAAGGGGCAUCAGUCGUAACUGAGAACCCAAAAGCGGGGAUCGCUGAAAACUUCGGAAGGAUUCAGAAGGGGGAUCACUCAAAAUUGCUUGGAAAAUGAAGACGGGGGGGGGGAUCUCGAAAGUCAUCAAAAGUUGUUAAGGUGGAUCACUUCAGUGAAGUAACAUUCAAAGGGGGUAUCAGCAAAAUUCACCUUGUUUUGCCCGAAAUCGUCCUCCCCCUCCGGCAAUAAAUAAUGACCGGUCCCUUAGACCUGAUUAGUUUCGCGAAACCACCAAUGAAAGCGCUAAAUUAAGGAAAAAUCGCCACCCGCGAGGAAGGCGAGCCGCGCGCGGUGCACUCUUUCUUUCGAGCGUCACCUUUCUCGCGGGUGGUGUCAGGUCAGGGAAAAUGACAGAAUACUCGCAGUCAGAUUGUUGAGGCUAUUUUCGUUCCUGAUUUUUUUACGCAAAAAAAAAAAUAAUAAAGCAUAGUAUAUGUAACUCUGGCGUCGAGCUUUCCCUGGAAGCAAAGAAGCUAAGCGACGUAUAACUUUAAAUGACAGAUUUUUAAGGAGUGAACAGAUAAGCUGCAUUCUUAGAAUAAGCUGAACUUUUAUCGCAAGGCUACAGUAUAGCCCCGCCAUACGACCACCUCGUUAUCUCCAAACCCUCCGCGUUGAUACGAACUCCCCACUGGCGGAUUCAGAUGCUGAAGUCAGUGACCGUGCUAACCUCUCUGGUGAAAAAAAAAAGGUACGAUGAGACUUCCUGGCGGAUACAGAUGUUCUGCGAAGUAGGGCACCACCAAUCCAGACCUAAGAUAAAUGGAGGGGGAGGGGAGGGGGCUGCAGGUUUCAGCUCAGGCCUAAAAUUAAGGUGCGAUCCCCGCAGGAAAUCCCGAGCGGGCUGGAUUACUGUCAAACUCAGAAAACUGUGAACACAUGAAAAAUUUCAGCAAAAGCAAAAGUUGAUUGUGCACCGGCCCAAAAAAAUGCACUUUAUUUGAGUGUCAAUGUAUUUAGCAGGAAAGUACUAUUUGGGGACACUAGUUUUAGGCGGGACCGCCAUUUUAUGUGGUCAUCCGAGCCACGCGAAGGUCUAGCCCCCGGGGAUCGAACCCGCGACCUCCCGCUCGGCAGUUAACCGCUCUACCGACUGAGCUAACCCUGCGCGGCCAAUCACAAUAAAGUUUAGGAUACGAAAGGAAACUUUAAAACCACAAACUAAUUACCAUUGCUGUUUGCGGUUUAGUUAUCUCGUGCCUUAUUGGUUAAUUUCUCGCAACACAAUAACAUGCCAUAAAUAUUUCUGGUGUUGAAAUUAGAAAGGUCUUCCCAGAAAUGGCAAAGUGAGCACGAUAGGGGCAUACCGCUUUUACGAACUUAAACUUUAAGCCGUUUCUGAACACGCCAAUAAGACGAGGCAUUAUCAGCUUUGGGACGAGGUCAUUUUUAACAGUAACCGAGACCCUCGCUGGUACUCUCGGAGGGUUAAAGAAACACUUAACAGCAUCAAUAGGGACAGUACAGUCAGACAGUCACAUGAUCAGUGCAACAGGACAGCGGACCGCUGAAGGAACAGUCAUCUCCUCUAAUGCCAACAAUGCUUUAGAUUGAACCCUACCAACCAUGUCCUGGCUGAGGUUCGUGAUACACCAGUCACUAAAAACUACGGUGGUUUACUAAUAGUCCCGCUCGGUAAAUCGUAAUUCGACUAUUGUGAAACAAACGAUAAAAGAAAACCUUAAAUGAUAAUGAUCUUCAGAUCUUUCCCCAUUUUUCACCACUUGAAAAGGGUUUUAUGUUAUAUUUACGGUAGUUAAAUGAGGGAUUUUUACUGGGAAACUCACAAAACCCUGAACACCAGAAAUAUUUUUGGAAUGUUAUUGUGUUGCGAGAAAUUAGCCAAUCAGGCGCGAUAUAAGUAACACGAAAACUGAGCAAUGGUAAUUAGUAGUUUGUGGGUUAAACGUUUGCUUGCGUAUUCCUGAACUUUAUUGUAAUUGGCAAGUACCCAAUCAUCAUUCCUGAAAUUUUUUUUUAGGUUUUCACUGUUUUCAGAGUUUGAUAGUAAUCUAGCCCGCUCGGAUUUUCCUGCUUUGUGUCGCCAGAAAAAGUUUGUUUUGUCCAUAUAUUAAUGUGUUCUUUGUAGUCCAAGCCAGUUCGGUAACAAACUUGGCUGAAUAUUAGCCUUGUUCUCUCUCCUUUUAAAGUCUGCGUUUAAAAAGAACUUGUGCAAUAACGAGCCAUCCUUACCCCUGGCUUAGCCAAUAACGCACAUGUACUGCAGCCUGCAUAACAGGCGCUUAAUGAGCCAAGCGAGACGAACGCGGCAUUUUGAGCAAAGCGCGAAACGAGUGCAAAGCGCGAAACGAGUGCGAAGCGCGAGAGGGGGGGGGGGGAGAAGCUUUAUGCUUUAUUUUUCUCCUCCCCUUGUUUCGCGCUUCGCACUCGUUUUGCGUUUCGUGCAAAAUGCCGCGUUCGCCUCGCUUAGCUCAUAAAGCGCCUGUUAUGCAGGCCAAUGUACUGUAGCGGUAACACUAAGUAAUAUGCAUCAAAACCUUUAUUAGGCAACAGACUUUUUUAGCUUGCAUAUAUGUUUUGUUUUCUCAUCUCAGAACACGUGUUGGUUCUUUUGCACGUGAAUCCACGAGCAUAUGUCGGCAUAAUUAAUAAAAAGUCAAAAAUUCCCUGGAGAACAUCACGUGGUCUGAAUUGGGAAAGCAAAAGAAAAGAUCGAGCAGAAUGAUGAAAUGCCAAGAAGCCAUAUGUAUGGUAUAAGGGCAAACACACUUAAUCACCCGCACACUGAUGACAACUGUGGUGUUAUAAUGUUUACAUUGAUCAGCAUGUAAGAGCGAUGAAUAGUCAGGGCUGUUUAGGUACAGCAGUCGAACCUGUCUAAUACGGACACCGAAGGGACAGAGCGAAGUGUGAAGAGGUGUCCGUACAAAAGAGGUCACUAUGACGACGUCACUUUUAUGACUACAUUUCCGUAAAACCAGGCUCACACUCGUCUUUAAACUGCAUUUAACGGUUAUUAAUUCACAGUCAAAGACCGGGCGCUGUCUUUCAGAAGCAUACAACAUUGUACAUGUCAGCGCUAUAACUUUUGAUCAAGACUUUAUUCUUGCAUGAAAUUUCUACGAGGUGUUUAUUGCUCUAUCGAGUACAUUUAUUCAGAAUUUAACUGAACCGGCAUUCCCCCUUCGUUAUUUUAUCACAUCCUAUAGCCGUUGCAGCAUUGAGUGGGAUACAGCACGUAGAGCCACAGAUAACUCUAUUUUGAGCUUUUUUAUCACCUGGUACUCAGGAACCUCUUCUGCACUUUGACCCCCCCGAACAACAUUCUUUCAAGUUUAGGCGUUUAGGCAGCUGGAAAAUAUACUUUUAACAUUCAUCCAAAAAAGAUAAUCAUCCCAGCCCCUAUUCACAGUAACGCUUUUGUACCUCUUUACAGAUUUGAGACGAGCUGAUAGAUGUUUUGCACACUAAGCAGAGGUCUUUUGUUGCCAUCUCAGGGGCCUCUAACCUUCGCUUUUCAUCAAACUGCUCUGGACAUGGCUCGCUAACUAUUGUAAGAGCUAUCUCGUUGAGUUAAAUCUCGUUGAAUCUAACCUUCUUCAAAACUAUUUUAGCGGUUUAUUCUGGACUAUCAGUCUUCCCCUCCUUUUUUUGUCUUGAAAACCUUCAUUUCUCGAUGACCAUUUCACCAGCCGAAAAUUCGGAUUUUUCCAUUUUUUUAUCAGUUAUUUCUUUGAUAAGCCGGUAAACAAGUAAGUAAACAUGCUCAUGCUCUCACGUAGCUGACCAUUUUUGCGUUUUGAGGUUUUUCUCUUUCAUGAUAUUCACAAAAAACAACGAAGGAGUUUGAGCAAAUCGGGCUACAAAAUACAAAAUAUAUGUGGCGGAAAAUAUACUCGCGCACGAGCACCUUUGGCGCGGAAGUACACAAAUCGAAUAUUAGAGUCACCAGAUGGCACAACAAGUAUAAAAUAUUAAAUUGUAUUGAAAGACACAACUUUUGUUUAAGUGAUGUGCUUACCGAUUCCAAUCGUACUACAUUACAGUCUUAUAAAGUAGAGGAACGAACUUUUGGGACACCCUGUAGUGUCCGUUGUCCGUAUUAUAGAGGAUUUUUUUAAAGAAAAUAGAUGAGAAUUUUGUCGUGACAUUGGAAACUGUCCGCAAUAGAGAGGUGUCCGUACCGAGGGGUUCGACUGUAGCCAAUUAAAACACACUAUUCGCUUCAUCAGUGCUGCUCUUAAUCACAGUCAGGCUUUUAAUUAAUCACGGAGCCAGGAAUAUCAUAAUAAACAUAUUCUUCUCACUAUUUUUAACUUCGAGUGAGAUUAGAAAAAUGGCGUUUAUUCAGGAAAUGCAUGUAUUGUGCCAGUUUUUAUUAACAAUUUAUAUUUAUGCAUGAAAGAUGAGUCACCUUUGUUUCAAAACUUAGAAUUCCUCUUUUUACAGUAAGACAUAGUCUGUCCCCACAUUUGUAUUUAUCAAAGUCCCAAACUGGAAAAUUGGUGUCGAGUAAAAUAAACCAACAAGGAAAAUACACUUCAUUUUUCUUUCGAUCUCUUCAGCUUUAAGUGAUGAUCAUCAUUACUCCAGUGGUGUUCACUAUCUCAAAGGCUCAAAAACCCUGGCAAUAAACGGAUCUGAAUGAACAACUGCUUUUCAGGGUUGGUUUUAUGCUUAGAACAUGUCUGAUCCCAUGUACGUCCGUAACAGAAUUUUUUUUAGUUUGUAACUGCAUCUGCCAGUUUCAAUUACAGACAAAUCGUCUUUCUCGUGACCGAAAAAAAACUGAUACAGUGUAAGCUCUCCUUACGCUCCUCUCUCUAUUACGGACAGUUCGUUUGGUCCGAGAAAUUUCAAAAAUCAUACAUUCCCUACCUCUAUAAUACGGACACCUCUGUAAAGUGGACACUUGGUUCUGUCCCUUUGGUGUCCGUAUUAAAGAGGCUUGACUGUAUCGGAUGCCGAUCUAACUCAACUAAAACAGACCGCUUCAACGCUGUUCUUCUUCACAGAGACCACUGUAUAAACCAUUUGCACAUUUGGGAAAUUAUAAAAAGAUUAAAGUUUGCCUGAAAGUGCUAUUCAGCAAUGGUGCCUGUUCUUUUAUGCAUAUGCUUCUUGCCAAAUUUCAUCAUUUUUUUUAUCUCCUUGGAAAGUGGCCUGACAUAUUGCUCAUAAUUUUGCCAAAUAUAUGUGUUAUUGACCAAACACGAGGUUAUGAUGGCUUGGUAGUGGGUAUUGGCCCAGUUCCUUUUUUGCGUUUUCGUAAGUGGAAAUAAUGUACUUCAUAUUAGCCUUCAUUUGAUUCCUUGCACAUUAACAUUUCACACACAGGCACUCGAUCAGCUAUGUCAUUUAUGAGGUUCACUAAUUUGAUAAUCACUCUUUAGACUCCAAAGUUGAAGCAAAAUUCCCGGGGCAAAAUUAUUAACAUCACAACAGGAAGGAAUGUUCUUAGUGUGAGUCAUAUCAUUAAACUUGUCAGUAAUGGGAAAACAUAUUAAUAGCACCACUGGAAAGUCCUGCUCUGUAAGACUAAAGAUAAACAUAAUCGAUUAUCCUCUCCCCUUUUGGAGCGUUUCAGAGAUAGUGAACCAAUAAUUCAAAUGAAACAUAACAAAGCUAAGAAUCCCAGCUGGUAGGAGACCAAGUAUGGAGGAGGAUUUGAACUCGGGACUACAGAGAACAUAUCCAGCUAUAGCGGUCAGCAGGGCGAGACUUGAACAUGGGGCAAAACGUCCGGCGUUCUAACCGCUCGGCCAUGCUGCCUCCAAAGUUAAAACAACCUCGUUACUGUUACACCACUACCGUUUCGUAAUAUAAUUUGUUCUACAGGAAAAUAUCAAUUUUAUUUUCACUGAGUCGACUCGGCCACUUUGUUCAUCCAAAAAUAGUAGCUCUAAAGGAUAUUUUAAGAAUAAAUUAAACUGCAACUUCCACGAAAAAUAAAUAAUAUUGCUCUACAGAUAUUUGACACUGAGCUCUCACCAUUUGAAAAGGCUUUGAUAAUCACACUUAAGAAUUCUAUCACGGACUCCUAAAGUUAGACCAAAACUACAGCUGAAUAUUCAAUAACACAACAACACAGUCAGUCUAUUUUAGUAUAGUUUAUAGAGCAAACUUAUCCAUACUCAACACAGUUUAAACUUCCAUUUGAAUGUUUCACAAUAAUGUCAAAACUAGCCAAUUGCUAGUACAGCCGCUCCAUUUACUCACUGACGCCCCUUCUCUAGUCUGCUACACAGCCGUUUUUAGUGUCGUCACGCAACGCUGUGCUGUGUAGCAGACUACCCCUUCUCCGAUUUUGAUUUUUCUUGGGGGAGGGCUAGGGAGCGACUGUAAACGGCCUAGCAGUUAAAGGAAACUCCUACAUCUGUAAGUUACAAGAAACUUCUACAAUUUGUAAUAAAUAAUCAACUAAAUGGAUGGUAUCAUUUUUUUUAAGGAGUGGGCCACUUUUUUCAUCUAAAACUGGAUAAAUUUUCUAAAGGUAUGUGAAAAAAUGGAAUUUUUAAAAACUGGCGCUUCCACAUGUAAAUCAGUGUUAAACCAAAUUUUUAAUCUUAGAGAUAUUUUACAAUUUUCACAGCUUGAAAGAGUUUAAGUUAUUUAUGCAUGAGUAUUUUACAGUAAGUUUGCGUUUGUAACAUGCAUAAAAUUCUUGUCAUUUAAGAAAAAAACAUAUCUUUUGUUUGAUCUCCCUCUCUGCUGGAAAAUUGCCUAAUAAGGAUUUGAUGCAUAUUCCCUUGGUGUUGCCAAUGUGUUUUUGGCUUGGGGAGGAGAUAAUUUGACUGGUGAUUGGCCGAGUUACGUUUUUAACCCAGAAAAGGAAUAAAGCUUAUAUGCAACCAUCUUCAUCGAACUGUUUUGGUCUACAAAGGACUCUUUACAUAAUCAAAGAACAGAAAAUAUUUUCUUGCGAGACAAAGCAGUUGAUCCCGAGCGGGCUAGAUAGCCCUGCCUUGCCCGUUUGGAUAGCCAAUCAGAUUAUAGCAGGAUUCGCUUCACCUUGCCACUCAUAAUAAUAAUAAUAAUAAUAAUAAUAAUAAUAAUAACGUCUUUAUUAAAAAGCAUCCGAUAAAAUUACAUAUCUGAUGUUACAAUACAUAUUGACAGAAAAAGAAUUACAAUGAUCAAGAUGAGAAAAAAAAAAAAAGAAAAAAAAAGAUUAAAUUGAUUAAAAAUACAUAUGGGGUAUUUACACAGCUAGAUUAUAUUUAAAAAUCAAUCUAUUAAAAAAGCUAUCUUUGAAACGUUCAGUGUUAAUGCUGGGCCUAACAAUGGAUUUCCUACGAAGGUUUACAAUACAGUCUUUGAACCUUGGGAGCAAGCUAUUUAAUGGAUGGUCAUCGCGUUUGAGGUUAUAAAAAAGGCGUCUGUCGCUUUUCUCCAGAAGUUCAUAUAUGUUGUAAUUAACCGACGUAUAACUCCUCUUAUAGCAUCUUUUUAAAACCUUUGUAUAACAGUAAGUCAUAAGUCGCGGAACAAGCGAUGCAAUUUAAAAAAAAAAGAUCAUAUAUUUCAAACUGCCAAAUACGACGACUUUAAGAAUUUGGUAUAAGCUUACAAAUAGAGUUGCAUGGUAAUCACUUAAAUAAGAAAUCGUGUAAAAAUGUCUCAAGAUCACUAUUUUUAACUGCAUUUACAUAUUUUAAAAGUAAAAUGACGUGCUGAAAUACACAAAGCGUUUGUUUUUAUACAUUGUAUCCAUGCGGUUAAUUAGUCACGUUUUAAAACUUAAACUUCCUGUUUUUGUAUUUAAAGUCCCAAACAAUUCUUCUGGUACACUGCAUUUCUGGAUUUGAACGGUGACUUAAGUUAAAGAAAACCGCUUUACGCUUACUAUCUGUGUUUAAAGAGACCACUGCACAUACGCCUGCGAAUACAGCCUCUUCUCAUUGCUCCUUGCCUCGCAAUUAAGCUGCCACUGCCUUCUAUAAAAUGCUCUUUGCUUUUAAUCAUGCACCGCUUCCCCGUUCUUUCAAUGAACAAAACUAAAAUGUCAUGAACAUCGUUACGUGAAAUAACUAUACGGAGAGGAAAAUUUGCUUAAAGUCGUUGCUCAGAAAUACACAAGAAAAAUGACAUUUAUGUGUUAAAAUACAGUAUAAUGUUUUUAUCAACAUAUAUUUAUGGGAUGACGGCACGUUUAUUUUAAAACCUAGACUUCCUUUUCUUACAGUAAGCCGUCUCACAUUUGUAUUUGAAUCUCAAACCAUUCGGAUGGUCCAACUGCGUUUCCCAAGAUUUAAACCGAGUGGCGAGGAAAAGAAGGGCAUAAGCGCCAAACUAUAACAUUAACUGACUGGUGAGGUAUGUGUGAGAUACUUUAUUUUCACGUGUUUUAUUUAUGACAAAAGCGGUAUUUUGUGGUGAACGGAGAAGUUUAAGUUCCUGAGGAAGACAACGAGGAAAAUAUGAUCCUUUUUCCGAUCUUUUCAGCUUUAGGUAGCACUAUCUCAGAAAGGCGCAAAGACCUCGAUAGUUUAUUUAACGAUUGCCUUUCAGGGAUAGUUUUCUAUGCUUAGAACAUGUCUGAUUCCAUCUUUCAUCAAAGAGUACAGGCCCUCGGGAAUCCACAUGCUUUGUAAUGUUUUAAGUUGGCUAGACUGGAUUUUUUAGGAUUUUUUUGUGAUAUAUGUUUCAGUGGCAUGAGAGUUGUCAUGUAUCUUCCUUAGUUGCCUCGAUUAUGGCAAAGUUUGAACAAAUUCUAUGAGAGCAUUUUGGAAAUAUUUCGAAACAAAAUUUUAAGGGUCAUAAAAACAGUAGCUAAACAGUGGAUAAACAUGCUAUCGACAUCAUUGGCUAAUUAAUAUGUAAAGGGAAAAUGAUGAGGUCUGGAAAAAUGCAGUUUCAUCUCAUAGCGGUUUGAUUCCAUUUGAAAUAGUGUAUGAAAAACGGGGAGGAUUGCUUCGGUCGAUUGCGAGGAAGAAGAAUUUAGUUAGCUUGCGUUUGGCUGCCUUUUCACCAUUCUUGUGUGUAAUUUGGUCUACUCCUACAAAUUUCACGAUCGUUUAAGAACCACUCACGACAUUGAAAAAAAAAUAAUUAAGAAUCCCAAGAUCACCUUAUCUCAGAAAGGCUGAAAGACGCAAUAGUUUAUUUAACAGUUGUCUUUCAGGGAUAGUUUUCUAUGCCUAGACACUUGUUGGAUCCCUGUCAUUGUUGAGAUCGGAUUUUAUUUUCAGUUUGUUAUUAUCCGCUAGUUUAGAUUGCAGACAAUUCGCAGUUCUCAAGCGAAAAAAACUGAUAUCGCAUUAAUAUGUAUAUGCUUCUUGGCAAUUAUUUAUCAUUUUUUUUUAUCUCCAUGGAAAGUGGCCUGACAGUAUUGCUUAGUUUUGCCUAAUAUUAUGCGUUAUUGACCAAGUGUAAGCUUGUGAUGACUUGGCAGUGGGGAUUUGCCAAGUUCUUUCUUUGCUUUUUUGUGUUUUGAACCGGGGUUUUGAUGAUCAUUCUUUAGAAUCCAAAAAGAGCAAAAUUAUUGAAUAUCACAACAGGAGGGAAUGGUUUUAGUAUCAUAGCACCACCUGUAAAGUUCAAACGUUCAUUUCAAUGGUCACGAUUAACAGAGGAUAACAUCUAAAGUUAAAACAACCUCCUACGGUUCUAAGCUGUUUUGUUCUGGCUUUUUACAAGCGUGACCGAGGAUUGAACUCGGGACUACCGAAAACAAGUCCAGCUGGCCAGUGGGGGGACCUUGUUACUACAAGUCUGCGGGCGCUCCUAAUUGGUCUGCCUCGCUGCCUCCACCGUUAAAACCACCUUUUACUGCUACACCAAUACUGUUACACCAUUACCUUUUCAUAAUAUGAUUUGUUCUAAAGGAAAGUAUCAAUUUUUUUUUCACUGUGUCGGCCACUUUGUUCAUCCACAAAAAUGUUUCAACUUCUAAAGGAUAUAUAAAGAAUAAAUUAAACUGCCACUUCCACAAAAAUAAAUAAAUAAAUAAAUAAAUAAUAUUGCUUUACAGAUAUUUGACAGUUUUCACCACUAGAAAAGGUUUUGAUAAUCACACUUUAGGAUUCUAUCACGGACUCCAAAGGUUAGACCAAAACUACAGCUGUAUCAAUAAAAGAAAAAAACAAACAAAGUCUAUCUUAGUUUUAGUAUAGUUAGUGCGAAGUUAUAAAUUCCAUUUACCUUAAAGGUCCAUCUGAAUGUUCACAAUUCAAGUUCAAACUAGCCAGUUGUUAGUACAGCCGCUCCCCUCCAUCAUACGCGAUUAGCAACUCGGUGAGUCACAGACGCUCACGGUUCUCCAACUAUAGACGGGCUAAGUCAAAAGAAACUCUUACAAUCUGUAAUAAUCAACCAACUAAAUGAAGAGUAAUUUUUUUUUUUCACAGAGUGGGCCACUUUUUUCAUCUAAAACUGAAUAAAUUUGCAUAAGGUUGUGAAGAAAAUUGACGCAUUGACUUCCACAUGUAAAUCAGUGUUAAACAAAAUUAAUCUCCGAGAUAUUUUGACAAUUUUCACAGCUUUAAAGAGUUUAAGUUAUAUCUGGAGUAUUUUACAGCAUGUUUGCGUUCAUAAUAUGCAGAUUAUUCUUGUCGUUUAAGAAAGACAUAUCUUUUUUUUGAUAUCUCCGCUGGAAAAUUGCCUAAUAACUGAUGGAUAUUCCCUUAGUGUUGCCAAUGUAUUUAUACGUUCUUGACUAAGUGACGGAGCAACAUCACUGGUGAUUGGGCGUGUUCUUCUUUUAAGGCAGUAAAGGAACAAGGCUAAUAUUCAGCGAUCUUGACCGAACUGGCUUGAUCCCCAGCGGGCGUGAAAGGCCUGCCUUGCCAAUCAGAACUAAUACCCGGCAGGAUUCGCUUCUGAACCCUUCAUGUCACUCAUAAGUCCCUGAGCAAGUGAUAUAAUAAAAAAAGAAAAAAAACAGAUCCUAUAUUUGACACUGACGAAGGGGGGAGGGGUCCAACAAAUAUGAUGACUUUUAUACUUUGGUAUAGGUCGACUACAAAGAGAGUUGCAUGGUAAUUGCUCAAUUAAGAAAUCGUGUAAAAAUAUCUCAAGAUCACUAUUCAACUUAACUGCGAGUUAAAUGAGAAAAAUGACGUUUAUACAAGUGCUGAUGAAAUACACGAGACGUUUUUUUAUUAACAUUGUUUUCAUGGGAUAAGUCACGUUUCAAAACUUGAGCUUCCUGUCCUAAACUUUUCUUCUGGUCCAUUUCUCAAGAUUUAAACACUGACUUAAAAGUUAAAGUUACAAAACCGCUUAAUGCUAUGUGUCUUUAAAGAGACCAUUGCACAUAAGCCUGCGAAUACUACCGCUCUUCAUUGCUCCUUGCCUCGCAAUCAACCUGCCACCUUCUUUAAAAUGUUCUUUGUUUUUAAUCAUAAAGUGCCCUGUUCUUUCAAUAUACAAAACUGAAAUGUCAUGAACAUGACGUUACCUGGAACUGAUAACUAUACAGAGAAGAAAAUUUGCUUUAAAGCCCGUUGCUUAGAGUUAAGGAAGAAAAAUGACAUUUACGUGCUAAAAUACAACAUGUUUUUAUCAACAUAUAUUUAUGGGAUUAGUCACGUUUAUUUCAAAAGCUAGACUUACUUUUCUUAUACUAAGCCAAAUUUUGUGUCACUGCAUUUGUAUUUAAAGACCCAGAGGCUGUUCGGGUGGUCCAACUGGGUUUCUCUGCAAGAUUUAAACAGUGACCGCGAGUAAAAGAAAGGCACAAGCCGGCCAAUCUGUCACAUAAACGGACUGGUGAGGUAUGUAGAAGCCUUAUUUUAACGCGUUUUAUUUAUAACAAAAGCGGUGCUUUGUGGUGAACGGAGAAGUCUACAAUAAGUCACUGAGGAAGUGAACGAGGAAAAUAAUGUUGUGUAGUUCAUUGUUUGAUUUUUUCAGCUUAGGUACCACCAUUUCAGAAAGGCUCAAACACCCAUUAGUUUGUUUAACAGCUUCCUUUCAGUGAUACUUUUCUAUGCUUAGAACAUGUUUGAUCCUAUUUCAUCAAAGAGGACAGAUUCUCCCGCGGGAAUUCACGUGCUUUAUUGCUUUAAGUUGGCUAGACUGGAUUUUUUUUUGGCGGAUACCUCUUUUAAAGUUUGAGUAUUUACCACGUCGGCAAUAACAAAGAAAAGAUAUAGGAACUGAAGUUACCACAGCCCUACUAUAAAAAGAUGAAAAUUUGUUGUGAUCUUUGUUUCAUUGACAUGGGAGUUGUCAUGUACCUCCCUUAGUUGCCUCGAUUAUAGCAAAGUUUGAACAAAUGCUAUGAGAGCAUUUUGGAAAUAUUUUGAACGAAGUUUUAAGGGUCAUAAAAACACUGGAUAAACAUGCUAUCGACUUCACUGGCUAAAAUGUAAAGGAAACAAUGAUGAGAUCUGGAAAUGCAGUUUCUUCUCAUAGUGGUUUGAUUUCAUUUGAAACAGUGUACGAAAAAAGAGGGGGAUUAAUUUGCUUUGGAUCCGCUGAUUGCGAGGAAGAGGAAUUUGAUUGGCGUGCGUUCGGCUGCUUCAAAUUUAUUUACUAUUCUUGUAUGUAAUUUGGUCCACGCCUACUAAUUUCGCAAUAAUUUAAGAACCACUUGAUAUUUAAAAAAAAAGCAAUUGAAAUAAUUAUUAAGAAUCCCGAGAUUAGAUAUCAGCUUAUAUUGCCUCCAAGUUUCAAGUACACUGAAAUCAAGGAAGGCCAUUAAAUGGGCUUCAAAUGUCAUAUUUUCCCCCAGAUGUUGUGUCCAUAAGUGAGCGCCCUGUUAGAUCAUCAAAAUACUUGUAAUUUGAUCAAAUAUGAAGCAAUGUAAAAAAAAUAACACACAAACUGCGGUUACAAAAAUCAGAAAUAACAAAGGCAUUAUAUAACUGACUUUUAUAAUAUCGAUCUUGACGUUUCGUAUGCUUCAACAUACAUCUUCAUAAGUGACCGUUGGUCGUCCUGAUGGUCGUACAUUUUAGGAACGUUUUCAUUGUUGCUGAAUACCGUAAAAACCCGCAACUAAGAACCUGCAUUUUUCCAAGUUGGCCUAAACAGGUUCUUACAGAAAAGGCAAUUAGCACAAAUUAAGGCUAUUUAGGUUCUUAAAUAGGUUCUUGAUAUUUUCUUUAAAAGAGAAUAUUUAGUAGUAUAAUUUCAGCUUAUUCCCUAAUAAAAUCUGCAUUACCAUUACAUUCAGCUGUACAUUGCAGUUGGACGGAUAAUUCUUCAAAGAGGAUCCUGAAUGCUGACUUAUCAUAUUUGCUCAAUCUUACCCUAAUUUUCUUUUUUUUAUAGAUUUUAGAAAAUAAGAACCUGUUUCAAAUUUUGGGCUUAACAGUUUCUUGUGUAGUGGGGGCCUAACUGGCAAAUUUUAGCCUAACAGGUUCUUAAAACUGAACAAAGUUCUUUAGUGGCGGGUUCUUACUGUAUCCCACUACAGUUUAUACAUGAAAUUUUCUCAUUCUAAAACUGAAUUCCUAACAGCAUCUUUUAACACUACUGAGGAAGCGAUGGAGACUGUCGAAACAGGAACAGCUGAAAACUAUAAUAAAUAGAUUUGUUUUAUGUUUUAAAUGUUUCGAACACAUCCCCUUCGAUAUGAUCAAGUUUUUAUUUUUUGUAUAAUAUCAUUUUUUUUUUACCCAAAACAAGCAAACAAGUGUUUCAUUGUAGGACACAGGAUGCGGAAUUCGCUGGAAACUCAAAAGUUGUCGACAGAGAAAUCGUAUGACUCGUACUUCACUUGCGGUACAAUCAUUAAAGUGUGUGUCAUGUAUAGUUUUCCGCGAGGAUCGUUAACGGCUAUCUUACUUGGGGAUUGAAAUCACCAUUAAUAUAACUGACGCCAGAUAUCAAAGAAGCCAUCAAGGGCAAUGAAAAUUACGGAUAUGAUCAUCUGGGCCUGUUAAGUCUUCCUCAGUUUUUUAUCGAUUUGUUUCUUCCAUUCAGUAAAGGUUAUCUUCGUCAUUAGUGAGUCAGCAAGAACACAAUGGCCAACACUGAAUAAAAACAAAAUUCCAAGAAUAUUCUUUGACUGGAAACUCCAUGAAAGAAAAUAGUGGACAGCUAACAGUCAGUGAAGUUUAGCUCAGUUCUUCGUCACCAUUUAAACGCGCAGUCUAUUCGCUUUCAGUCCGGCAGCCGGGUAAAUUCUUCAAUACAGAGCACAUAAGGGAGGAAACUCUAUAUAAGGACAUAUUUUUAUAGACAUGUAUGUCUCGUAAUUUAUGAUUUGACUUGUCUUAGCAAACUUUAAAGAGUUACUGCUGACUGAAUUUGUUCAUACUGGAUUCACUUGAAGUUUACCUCCAACUUGAGUUAUGGAUGCUGUCGGGGGAAGUUGUAUUUAUUAGCUUUAUCAUUAAAAUUCUAAUUACACUUAACUUGUGAAAUAGAUAGCAGAUACUACUUCACAGUAUUACACUCUAAUUUCAUUACUUUCCCUUGUUUAAUCGGAAACUAUUGAUCUCGAGAUACUGCUUUACGGAUUAUACAUAAAAUCACUCUUUGCGAUUAAGCUAUCUCGAUUAGCAACCACAUAGUCAAGUUUCUUUUUUCCUGUAAAUGUAAAGUCUGAUAUCACUGAUUUCGGGCUUUAAGCUGGGUCUUCAAACCACCCUUCUUUUACUGAAGCACAAAAUGCUGAAGCAAAAUGAAGCAAAAUUUAUGCCUUUCGGGAGCGACUACACAGGAAAUAGGGCCAUGUACGAGGCCACUAGUACGGCUGUGGAUAGAAAUUAAGAACGAUGAAGGAGUUAUUUUUGGUGACUGUCAGCGAGCUUUUGUUGUGGCUCGUCUACUCAGCAGUGGAACUGAGGACUUGUUUGUUGUUUGUAUACUGCGAAAAAACAAAUGAGCGAAACGAACCGCUCGAUGCCUGAUGACGUGUGCAAGUGGCCCUGCAUUCUGUCAGUGAAUUUAAGCCGAAUUUCGAAUUCACAAGCAUAGAAAGCAUAGAAGUAAAGCUACGAAAGAUGACAGAUUUUUACUUGGAAUAAAGAGUUUAACAGUAGUUCUUCCAAUUUAACUAAAACAGUAUCGAAAUUCAGUUGAGAAUCACGUUGGGCCCAAAAUAACAGAAAAAAUAUCUCUGCGUAGGAGCUUAUUGAUUUAGAUUUAUCAGUUCAUUGAAAGCACUGAGUCGUAUAUUGUUAUCUUAAAGUGUGUUCACGGCACAACUGACUGGAAAGGUCUCAGUGAAGGAGAUCAGUGAGGGUGGUCUUAACGUGACGGUAGUUAAGGAGCGAUGACCGGGUAUAUGAUUCUCCCUAACAAAGCAAUUGAAAUUCGUUACUUUAAUACAUCGCUCGCCUUUCAGUUUGGAGAAAGACUUAGUUUUUUGAAACAGAAUAAUGUUGAAAUUCUAAGACUGAAAACGACCAUGAUCCUGAAAAACGUGCCUCGCUCACGAGGAGGGAGCUGAAGGAGCAAAGGAUGAGUACGAAAAGGAUCUUCAGUAUAAUAGUUAGUUUUAUACCAGCUGAUGCCAUUUAAACUCAGAAACCUCUGAGUAUAUACCUAACAGGAACGUAAAAUCAGUGAGUAGCACGUUACGAUUCCCAAAUGAAAAAUAUCUGAAUUUUCUUUAACAUUGUCCUGAAAUAAACAACAAAUAAGCGAGCAAACCCUGAACUAUUAGUCAAGAUAUAAGUACAGUCGACUCCCGAUAACUUGAACCUUCAAGGGAAAUCGAAAAGUGUUCGGGAGCUCGAAGAAAAUAGCGGGAAGUAAGGAAAAAACCAGUUUUUAUUUCACUGUGAACAUUUUAAUCACAUUUAAUUGUAUGAAGGUUAAGUGACAAUUGAAAGAUACUUCUUGAUUAUAAAUCAGAACGUAACGUAACAAAACAUUGCCUAAAUAGAGCAUGCAAUUUACUGUUUUGAGAAGUAAAGCUGUUUCACGUUAGAUUUGUGACAACAUCAGCCUCAACUAGUAAACUUUAUGCCUACAACACGUCAAUGGGAAAUUCAAAAGUACACUUAUAUAGAAAUGAUCAGGGAAACAAAAAUUACUUCGAGUUAGCGGAAAGUUCGAGUUAUCGAGGGUAAAAUUACAGUAAAUGUAUGACGGAAAUUCAGGGGAAAUCAGUUUUGGUUCGAGUUAGCGCGAGGUUCGAAUUUGCGCGUUCGAGUUAUCGGGAGUCAAAUGUAUGAAGCGUUCAUUGUUGUAGACUGAACCCGUACUUUUUUUCAAUUACAAUAUAUUGAUCUCACGCUUAAGUCUUUCUGAAACUGAACGUGGGACGAAACGUUUUUUCAGUAGCUUUGCUUAUGAACAUCUGAAUGCAGAAUAAGAAAGUACUGCGCAAGCUGAAAUUUUAUUCAACUCAAGUUUCAAUUCAGUAAGAAAGUGUUGUUAUGAUUUCCACGAUUGGUCGAAUAUUUGAAUGAGGCUUAAAUAAUUGAGCAUCUUGUCGCGAUACCUCACUUCCCUUUCCAUGGCAUUAUUUGUCUCAGACUGGUAAAACUAAAAUCCUAACAGUUUCAUUAAUUUUUAACACUAAUAAUAAAGCGAAUUCACCCGAAACACUAGCAAAAAAAACAGCUAAAAACUAAUGAGUAGUAUAGAUUUGUUUUAGGAGCGGAUCGAUCUUAUUUGACCACGGUUGGUUGAUAAGUUUUAGUAAUUUUCAGAGGGGGGCGUAAGGGUUUGCGGUGAUGCGGUGUUGCUCGAUUUUUGGUGAGGUUUUGCGGGAAGUUUUAUUUUUAAGAUGCUGUAAUGCGGUUAAAACCUAGCGGCUUGCGGUAUUUAGACAUUGCCAAAUUUCAAUGCGGUUUGCGGUUUUAUUCUGUGCGGUGUUUUAUAUACCGGUAUUUCUGUGCGGUUUUGCGGUUUUGUUAUGUUAUUCUGUACGGUGUUUGGUGUUUAUAUACCGGUAUUUCUGAGCGGUUUUGCGAUGUUCGUACCCUCCUUACCCCCCUCUUUUUAGACUUUUGUCUGAUUUGAAAUCCUAUUACAUGCAUGUAAAGGUAUCGUGUAAAGGUAUCGAUACUGAAGCCGAUCUUAGUGUUUUAAUCUAUGCCACCCUUAUUUCAAGCACAUAAAAUGUCACGUCAAUGUUGAAACAAACAGGUCUCCGGAAGCUUUCCGAAUUACGGUGAACAGCUGAGAGUGGUGUUGAAAGUGACGAUAAAUAAAUUGACUAGAGAAGAUCAGCACAUGAUUAUGAUUUUAAUUACUAUACUGUGUAACGCAACUGAAAUGGCAGAAUACUAAAACCAUUAAUUCACUCUGUAGUACAUCAGACUUAUCAUUGGCAAAAUGAGAUUGCUGCACACAUGAAUUGAGGUGACUGGAUCGUAAAUAAGAAGAUAGCGUUCAAGUCUUUCUAACAUGACGUCCCCGGCGUGACGUGCUUGCCGGACGGGCCCAAACGGUCCUAGCCUGUUCCAGGCUCCGAGAUAGUGGUGAAAAGUCGUUCGCCCCCUUUCCCAAGUCGCGCGCGUCUUAUUUUGGCUUUGCUCGUUUAAUACGUCCCCACUAUACUAUCUGAGAGCCUGGCACAGGCUAAAACGGUCCUGGUGAUGAAAUUCACAGCUAACAGUUUAAGUAAAGAGACACUUGGUGUUUUUUGUCAAAACAUACUGCGUUGAUUUUUUGUUUUUUUGAAAACUUAGCUGUAUAUUAGCCUGCGAAAACAUCCGUUUCUCCUCACUGUUCGCCGAUGGGGACGUUUCGCGCGGAGGAAACGUCCCCAUCGGCGAACAGUGAGGAGAAACGGAUGUUUUCGCAGGCUAGCUGUAUAUACAGUCGACUCCCGAUAACUCGAACCUUCAAGGGAAAUCAAAAAAAAGGUUCGAGUUAUCGGGAGUUCGAGUUACCGGGAGUUCGAAGAAAAUAGCCGAGAGUAAGGUAAAAAACAGUUUUUACUGCACAGUGAACAUUUUAAUCACAUUUAAUUGUAGAAAUUUCAAGUGAAAAUUAAAAGAUACUUUUAGAUUAUAAAUCAGAACGUAACGCAACAAAACAUAGCCUAAAUAGAGCAUGCGUUUUACUAUUUUGAGAAGAAAAGCUGCUUCACGUUUGCCUGGGACAAUCAACAUUAGCCCCCACCAGUAAACUAUACUCCCACAACACGUCAAUAGGAAAACCAAAAUUCAAUGUUUCGGUCGCCAGUAGACGGCUUUUUUCCCGACUUUUUAAGGGCUCAAAACAAGGUUCGAGUGAUCGAGGGUAAAAUUAUAUAGAAAAUGACCUGAAGGAAAACGAAAAUUGGUUCGAGUUAGCGGGAGUUCGAGUUAUCGAGGGUUGGAAUUACCGAGGGUAAAAUUACAGUGAAUGUAUGACGGAAAUCCAGGGUAAAUCGAUUUUGGUUCAGUUAGCGCGAGGUUCGAGUUAGCGAGGGUUCGAGUUAUUGGGAGUCAACUGUAGUUAGAGAACACAGUCCAUCAACAACCCGUGAACGGUAGACCUUCUAUUAAUUUUCUUCUCUAAAGUAUUAGACAAUCAUUUUCUCCUCUUUUUUACUAAGUUCUUAAAAUUUUUCUAGGAAUUUUUCCUUUUUUUUUUACUGAUAACCUCGCGUGUAUUUCUUUAUCUACAGUCAGCCGGGUUGAACUGAACGGCUAAGGAGAUACCAGUGCAGACCGAGAUCUUCGUUAACGGGAGUACUCAACAUGUCUUCACUAAUAACAGCUGUAUUUAAAGCCACUAUCGGCAUGUUGGUGAAUAAAGGAAGAGAUAAACUGGCAGAAAAGUUGAAUGAGGGUGAUGUUACAGAUCAGAAAUUCCGUGGCCUGAUCGUCCGUGAAAUCGAUGAAAUAAAAUCGAAGUUGGAUGGUUUAGCAAGAACGCCUUUGAAGACAAGUAUGAGCCUUUUUAAAGAAGGAAUCGAGUUGUUGUAUGAAGUGUUUGAAAGUGCCAGACCCAGUAGCGAGAAUCGCGCGAUAGAAGCCGCUGCAACAGCUUGUGUUGAGCCAUUCGAUAUUGCUAAAGAAAUGAGGAAAUUACAGCUUACUGCCUUGGAUGAGUCCGCCAUGAGGAAGCUUAGCAGAGCAAUGGAGACAUUUGGUGAAGCUCGAUUGGAAGCAGUAAAAGCUUUUAGUAAUGAAGCUUUGGAAUUACCUGAUCGCCUGUUAGCUAUGCAAUAUCGACUGAUGGCUACGAUACUGAGGAAUAUUGACAAUCCUACGGACGCAUUAGCGGCUUGUAGAGUCUGCCUUGACGAGUUACACCAAGUGCCAGCUGUUAAAGAAUAUUUCAAAGUUGAGUUGGAGGAAGGAUUGAGAUUGAGGGCUCGCUUUAAUAAAGACGAAAGAAGGCAAAUAAUUUUUUCUGUCUGUCACGCUAAUCGUGUGAUCUAUGAUGUAAUGAGCAUGCUCGGUAGUGUAAAAAGGUGGACUUUGCCUGAUGUUGAAACUGGGAAAGAGAAAGUGGAUCCACUCCGCAACGAAAGAGUUGUUAAAAUACUGACAAAACAAGGUAAGGAGCACUGCUGUGUUACACCAUGGUCAUUUGGUCAGGAGGGUGAAGAGGAGCACAAGCUGAAGAAUCCGUGGGGUAUCGCUACAAACCAUAGAGGACAAUUCCUGAUAGCAGACAAUGGGGAUAAAACCGUGAAGGUGUUUGAUAGCAACGGAAAGUUUCAUUUUAGGUUUAAUCCUCAAACUGAUGACGCCUAUACAGAGUUAGAUAUUUUGGAUGUCGCCACUGCAGGCGAGGACGACAGGAUUUAUGUUCUGGUCAGACUGAAGAAGCCUGGGGCUGAGAAAUGGAAGAAGGAAGUGCAGGUUUUUAACAAGACUGGUGACCUACAACACAAGUUUCCUGUGAGGAGAGAGGGCUGGAGACUAACAGUGAACAAACAACGCGGCAAAAUUCUGCUGAUGUCACGUCACGUUGUUGAUGUUUACCAGGAGGCGAGUGGCGAGUUCGUUUGUAGCUUUGGUGGAGGAGUGUUCGAGUGUGCAGUAGAUAUCACUGCUACUUGUGAUGGUCGCGUCAUGAUAGUGGACCGAGGCGAUUACAGUUUGUACAUAUUUGAUGUGGAGGGACACCAGCUUGGCAAAUUUAAUAUCAAACAUGAGAGAGAUGUCUAUUAUCGCAUUGCAUGUCAGCCGGCAAGUGCAGACCAUGUUGUCCUUGCUGGUUAUGAAGGAAAGACACGCCGCCUGACGCUGGCUAUAUACACUGUUAAUGGCGAAUUUGUUCGCAGAAUUCAGCUGGAUGAAAAAGUGCAAGAAACUGUAUUUGAACCUGUAUGUGGAAUAACAGUGACCGUGGAGGGUCACAUUGCU